AUGGAGCUCAAGGGUCACCACACUGACAGACCGAAUCCGCACCCGCACAUCUCGCCCGCGAUGAAGAACAAAGCCCCCCAAAAAGCCAAGAGAGAGCAGAAAAACGCAAGACGCACACCCCCGACGAGCUGGCUAUUAAUACCGCUUCCCUCCUCGCCAUCCAUCUUCCCUUUCUCUUCCUUUCUUCUUCAGCCCAAACAGCCCAUUCACAACUACAGCAGCACGCUUUUGACUUCGGUCGUCCAUUCUUUCACCACAACUUCCAAAGCUUUCGCUUUAGUCACUCUUUAA